GAGCACCCCGAGGACGGCCGUGCCAGCAUCUACCGCUCCGUCAUCAUCAACACCUCCAAGGAGAUGAUGUGCUUCAGCGACUUCCCCAUCCCCGAGGACUUCCCCAACUACAUGCACAACUCCAAGAUCAUGGAGUACUUCCGCAUGUACGCGCAGCACUUCGACCUGCUGCGCCACAUCCGCUUCAGGACCAGCGUGUGCCGCGUGUCCAAGCGCCCCGACUUCGCCAGCAGCGGGCAGUGGGAGGUGCUGACCGAGAGCGAGGGCAAGCAGGAGGCGGCCGUCUUCGACGCCGUGCUGGUGUGCAGCGGGCACCACACCAACGCUCAUCUCCCGCUCGGCUCCUUCCCAGGGCUGGAGAAGUUUGAGGGCUGCUACCUGCACAGCCGGGACUACAAGAACCCUCAGCCUUUCUUUGGAAAACGGGUGGUCGUGGUUGGCAUUGGGAAUUCAGGCAUCGAUAUCGCAGUGGAGCUGAGCCACACAGCCAAGCAGGUUUUCCUCAGCACCAGGCGUGGGUCCUGGGUGCUGCACCGGGUGGCAGACAAUGGGUACCCCUUUGAUUACAACUACGGCACUCGCUUCCUGCACCUCGUGCAGAAUGUGGUGCCUAAAAGUAUCCUGAAUUUCUUCAUGGAGUGGAAGCUGAAUGCCCGCUUUGACCACACACUCUACGGCCUAAAGCCCAAGCAUGGGGUCCUUGACACACACCCCACUGUCAAUGACGACCUGCCCAACCGCAUCAUUUCGGGCAGGGUGCGGAUGAAACCGAACAUCCAGGAGUUCACAGAGACAUCUGCCAUCUUUGAGGAUGGCACCAGGGAAGAUGUCGAUGUUGUAGUUUUUGCCACAGGAUACAGCUUCUCCUUCCCGUUCCUCGACGGCUGCGUGAAGGUGGUGGAGAACCAGAUUCCCCUCUACAAAUUCGUGUUCCCCACUGAUCUGGAGAAGCCAACGCUGGCUUUCAUUGGCCUCAUCCAGCCCUGGGGAGCCAUCAUGCCCAUCUCAGAGCUCCAGAGUCGCUGGGCCAUCCGUGUCUUCAAAGGGCUGAACGAGCUGCCCCUGCAGCACGACAUGGAGGCUGACAUUGAGCAGAAGAAAGAAGCCAUGGCAAAGAGGUACGUGAAGAGCCAGCGGCACACCGUCCAGGUGGAUUACAUCCCUUACAUGGACGAGCUCGCCUGCCAGCUGGGGGUCAAGCCCAGCCUGCUCUCCCUGUUCCUCACGGACCCCAGGCUGGCCAUGGAGAUGGUCUUCGGUCCGUGCACGCCGUACCAGUACCGGCUGCGGGGCCCGGGUGCGUGGGCAGGAGCCAGGGAAGCCAUCCUCACCCAGCAGCAGCGCAUGGUCAGCGCCCUGCAGCCGCGGGCCGCCCGCCGCCCCGCCCGGCCCAGCGCCCUGCCCCACGUCCUCACGGUGCUCUUCAGCAUCGGCAUGAUUAUGGCCACCCUCAUCUACGUCUCGCUCUCUGCUUAG